AAUUUCCAAUCUUCGCGUUCUCUCACUCUCAAACUUCCUCUAGGGUUUUGCCCAGUCUCUCUCUCUCUCUCUCUCUCUCUCUCUCUCUCGCAGAGUCUUCAACAUGAGCAGAUCGGGCCAGCCACCGGAUCUCAAGAAAUAUAUGGACAAGAAGCUCCAGAUCAAGUUAAAUGCAAAUCGGAUGGUCGUUGGAACACUUCGUGGAUUUGACCAGUUUAUGAAUCUAGUGGUUGACAACACCGUGGAUGUGAAUGGAAAUGAGAGAAAUGACAUAGGAAUGGUGGUGAUCAGAGGAAAUAGUGUGGUCACCGUUGAGGCUCUUGAGCCAGUAAACAGAUCUUAGUGGUUUUAUAAUGCUGUGGAUUCUGUGUAUGAUCUGGUGUUUGUUUUGGACGCCAUGGCUACUAUUAUGAGAAGGAAAAUAUUCUGUAAUCUGGAUUAGUUGCUGAUUAGGUGGACCGUUUUUAGCCCUUAUUUCUGCAUUCCUUUUUGUUCUAGCGGACUUAAUUGUGGUAAAGUGUAUUCUAUGGGUUCUGAUGGAAUGGCAACGACUUUGGUUCAUGUAA